CUGGUCCAGCAGGUUCGCCUGGUCCGACAGGGGCAACUGGUCCCUCUGGAACUUCGGGCGCUGCAGGACCGACAGGGCCAGCUGGAGCGACGGGAUCUUCAGGUCCGCCAGGUUCUACUGGUGCUCCAGGACCAAGCGGACCAAGCGGUGCAACAGGGCCUCCUGGUUCUACGGGGGCUACUGGGCCUUCAGGUUCAGACGGUUUGGAUGGAUCUCCGGGUCCGACUGGAGCGACAGGACCUUCCGGAACGACCGGCGCCGCUGGACCAACUGGCGCCGCUGGGGCGGCUGGGGCGGCUGGAGCUGCUGGGCCGACAGGGCCACCGGGAACAUCCGGAUCGGCUGGUGCUGCUGGAGCUGCAGGUGCAACAGGACCUCCGGGACCUCCUGGACCGACUGGUACAGCCGGUGCUGCGGGAUCUGCAGGAUCAGCUGGAAGUGCGGGUUCCACAGGAGCUACUGGCUCUCCCGGUGCUACUGGUCCGCCUGGCCCUCCUGGUGCUCCUGGACCUUACGGACCUGCUGGUCGUAUCUUGCUCGAGGGUGAAACCGAAGGGAUUGAAGUAUUUGACAAUGAUCUCGAUUCCAUUCAUAUUGAAUCGGACGAUAGUACAUUCCUACCCUUUAAUAACCCAUUGCCGAUCUACAAUUCGACUGAGCUGUCUGUUGAGCCGGCGAUAAAGAAGCCAAUCAGAGUGUUGAUGACCGCCACGAAGAAAGUUGUACCAGUCAAUUCAACCGAUGGGUCCGAGCAAAAGGAGAAUAAACCCAUCGGACCACCGAUAACGUUGAGUGAAGAAAUGCUGC